CCGCCACUAGCGCCAAGAUGGCUGCCCCCAGGGAGCAGCGAGACGAAAGUGGAAAUGGAGUGUGAGGGCUCCACAACCCUCCUUCAUGGAUCGCAGCGCGGAGUUUCCAAGGUGGAAGGCGCAGUGUCUGAACAAAGUGGAUCUCAGCAGGAAGGGCUGUGUGGACGAGGAUGUAGUAGACCUUGUGCAGCUUCUGAACACGCGGGAACAGUUUUUCACCACCAGUUCCUGCGCGGGUCGCAUCCUCCUCAUAGACGGGGAUAUAAAUGGUUUUGAGGUUCAGAAACAAAACUGUUGCUGGCUGCUGGUUACACACAAACCUUGUGUAAAAGAGGAUGUGAUGGCAGCUCUGAAGAAAGCCAGUGGCAAUGCAGUUUUAAAAUUUGAGCCACUUGUCCUUCACGUGCAGUGUCGGCAGCUGCAGGAUGCACAGCUUCUGCAUUCAGUGGCAAUUGAUUCUGGUUUCAGGAACUCUGGCAUCACAGUGGGAAAGAAAGGAAAGACUAUGUUGGCUGUCCGGAGCACACAUGGCUUAGAAGUUCCAUUAAGCAAUCAGGGAAAAUUGAUGGUGACAGAGGAAUAUAUUGACUUCCUGUUAGAUAUAGCAAAUCAAAAAAUGGAGGAAAACAAGAAAAGAAUCUUAAGGUUUUACAACUGCCUACAACAUGCUUUGGAAAGAGAAACAAUCACUAACUCACAUCACAAGAUCAAAGAGGAAAAUAACCCAUCCUGUUCUCCUAAGAAAGAAAGAAACCCAGCAGAAGCUCACAGCAAAUGCAUCCUUGAGGAAAAUGAUAAAGACAUUGAAAAUGAUGACGAUGACAACCCAGGACUCAGCGUUACUGUCUUCCCCAAGGAUUACUAAGAUUUGGUUCUGAAGUAUUUUGGUAAAAUACUGUUUGUCAGAGAUUUUAUAUAGCAGUUGCUGAGUGCAUUAGCUGUUGAAAGCAAGAUCUCAUUUCUCUGUAUUUUAGAGAAGCCCAUGUUACAAUCCCAGGUGGCUUUUAAAAAACACCUUUUUAUACUGUUGCUCAUGAAGUAUUACCUUUUUUAGGCAUAUAAAAUCUUUACAAAAGUAAAAUUGCGAUUUUUCAAUGCCUCCUUUUGUUUCAGUUUUCACUUCUAUGAAAUAGGAAAACUAAAUAUAAUAUCCUUUCGAGACAACCUCAACGUUUUGGGCAUUUAAGUAAAAAUGUGAGUAAAAUUUCUUUCCUUUAAUUUUGAAGCCUCCAGCUUUUAGAGGAAGGUUGGAGUUUGCUUCCAUGGCUGUGGAGUCCAAUGACAAGUCUUUCCCUCCCUUUCUUCCUUUUGGGUUAGACAACGGAUACACUUCUUGUUAAAGACAGAAUUCUUUAACUUCUGCUUGCAUUAUUUCUCCCAGACCAGAGCUUGCCCCUGGCCCGAUCUCUGAAACCCAUAGGCCCACUUUUCCCCUGAUCCUGUGAGAAAUGGUCAGUCAGACACAGGCUUCUUAACAGACAGAACAGACAUACUGUGGAGAAUUACCAGAAUCAAAAGCCACGGGUUUGAAUUCUGAAGGCUGCACAGAAGUAGGAGGUCCUUGAGCAAAUUUCUGACUUCCUGGGCUUGUCUCUUGUACGUAGUAAUAAUUCUAAUACCUGCCUGAUUGACACUGUCAGAGCAUUGCAGGAUCGUGUUCAAAGUGAGAAAGUAUUUGCUAAUAGCCCAUGAUGCAUAUAUGUUACUAUUUAUUUUCAUUAUAGACUGAAAAUGCUUUCAUACUGUAUUUUCAGAGUGUACCAGGUCACAAUUAUAUAUUUGAGAGGUAAUCCCUAGACACAGAAUUAAUAAAUUACAAGAUCAGAAUGUCAAAUAGAAAAAAUUAUAGAAAGUAGUAAGCACAGGUAUGAUUACAGCAUUUCGUGGUAUUUUUGUAUUUGCCAAAGUGCUACUGUACGGAUUAUGGUUAGGUUGGACGCCUCAGCUGCUUGCCUUUGGCAGCAUUUUGUACAUUCAGUUUUAAAAUAGGCUGAUUUCGUAGCCAUCUACCGACCUGUCAGUAAAUCAGCCGGGAUGGCAUCCAGACAGCUCCAAAGUUACUGUCGUUUUCUUUAUUCUGUUUCUUGUCAUUCCUCUGAACUGCUCAUUUUUUGGGAAUAUAAAAUAAGAAUAUGUCACUUAUGACCUGAUUUCUCUUCGUAUUCUCACAACAUUCUGGGAGUCGAGUCUUCUAGUGCAGUCCCGGGCCCUACUUUGUUCUUGUUUCAUUGCUCCAGGGAGCUUCCUCUGUGUCCUCAGUCUCUGCCAUCCAGGAUAUGGUCACUUCUGUGCCUCCUGGGAUCCCUGAACUGAAUCCUCUGAGUCGUUUCUUGGUUUAUGGAGAAUCCUUUUUAUCUUCUUACUCCUUUUGUUUCUGAUAGCUUUAGAGUAAACACAUUCAUCGUUUUCUUUAACACUUAUCCCCGCUUAGAAUCAUCUUUAAAACUCUGACAAAAUAAAGCAAGUAUCCAAGAAUUUCCAGGGAGGGCCAUGAGGCCUUGCAUUUAUGAGGUGUGAUAAAAAAUGCAAAUUUUUAAUUUUUUAGAUGUAUCCAUUAAAAUACAGGUCAUCAUUGAUCUUCCUCGAAACACUCCCACACUGAUCCCGUAAUUCUUGCCGCUUUCCGAAGCAGUUCUGGAAAUCCUUUUUCCUCUUCUGUUGCACGGUCAUGGCUGCCUCCGUGUCCCAAAUCUGUUCAAAACAUUUACCUUUCAUGCUUAUUUUGACUUCAGGAAAGAGCCAGAGUUGGAAUAACAUGGACCUUUCCGUCGGAUGGGGCUUGGCAGCAGUCACCUCAUUCUUAAAGUCACACCUUGUAAAGACGCAAACGAGGACCCGCAGGACUGCUUCAGAAGCGGCACCAAUGAUGGGAUGAGUGUGUGGGAAGAGCGGGCACGGGGUCCCACUGCUGACUGACUCGGAGCCUGAGAAAUGUAAGUGCAUCGGAGGACAGUGACGGUCAUAAGCCUGCUCUCGGGGACAUGCACAUAACCAACAAGCACACACGUGCAGCGCGACCAAGGUCCCUGGGCUAGUGUUUCGUCUUACCACAUCCCAGUGAGCUGAUGAGGCAGCAUAACUGUCCUGAACUAAUGAGCUCUGUUGACUAAAGAGUAGCUGUUUUGUCGCUGUUCUGCUGAAGGAAUAAAGAUGAGCCCUGGAGCCCUGGAGCCCUGGACUGCCUGCCGCUGCUGUCACAGAUCUCCUCUCUGCAUCUUGUUCUUUAUGGGGGAUGAAUUAACUCAUCACGGUACUAAGGAUGGAAUGGACCCUCUUCAGGUGCCCUUGGGGAGGCUUGGCCUUCACAGGGGGAAGUGAGUGUUUCGAGGGGAUUAAUGGGAAUAUGUCUUUUACUAUAAUACAUUUUUUAAAAACUUAAACCUUCACUGUAUUUUUCAGUCACCAUUUGCGUAAUUUUUCAGAUUCCCAAGCUCUCAUCAAAGUAAAGGGUAACCAGGCCUGCCUACGUGUCUGUGUUUGGCCUCCCUUCCACGUCCUUCUCUUCACCCCACCUUUUGCAUUCACAGAGACUUGGCUCAUCAGUGAUUCGCACCUGCCUGGCCCUUCCCUGGCCUCUGGCUAACUGGUAGACCUCUACAGCAGAGCUGUUACCUUCUAAAUUAUUUUUUUUCUCUUGUUAAACUUCAACUUACAGAAAGCAGGUUUUCGUUGGGUUAUUUUCUUGUUGAAGCCAAUAAGAAUGUUUGUAUUGGUGGCUCUUCAGGGGCAUG